UCCACGAGAUCGCAAACAGGAUCCACACACUCCCGCAGGAUUAUGGGACGUCUCCAUGUCCUGGCAGCAGCGCUGCCGCUGCUCCUGAUAGCGGCGGUAUCCGCUGAACCUUCGAACAACGACCUCCUCAGCGGCUACUCCACGCCAAUGGAGGGCAGCAUGGCCCACAAGUUCUUCGCUCUGGCCGCCGACCGGGCCAUCCUUGCCAAUGCCACCACCAGCCAAGUGUCGCGCAGCCAACGCGAUGGCGAUGAUGAGGAGGAUCAUCCCGUGUACGACGACGAUCUGUGCGACCGAGAUUUGAUCCGCAUCCGGGACGCCAUCGCCAACACCGAGGAAUGGGCCCUCGAAUUUCCUGACACUUGGGGCCGCCUGCCCAUGGGCCUGUUCUGGGGCCACACGAUCAGCAUGGGGCAGUACGAGGAGUGCGUAGCCGCCACCAACACCUACGGGGACGAGAUCCGCGGGCAGUACUGCCUGGCGACCCUGAACAUCACCAUGUUCUACAAGGAUGUCAAGAAACGAGGCGAAGAGUUCCAAUCAUCGCGCAUCAGCUACAAGCAGACCGAUCCCGAGAUCUUCGAGCUCGGCAUCUGCAUUCCCAGCACCUGCAAACCCAAGAAGACGGAUGCCCUGCUCAAGGAUGUGAUCAGCCACUUCUAUGGCGGCGAUGUCGUCGCUAUGGAUGUCGAUAUGGUCACCCAGACCCGAUGCAAAUACGAUGCCCCCAUCACACUGCGAGGCAUUGAUAUAUUUGCCAUCAUCUUCUUCUCGACAAUUGUGUUCUUUAUGAUUGCCAGCAGUGUCUACGACUAUAUACAGACCCGCAAAAAGGCUCCCAAGAGGCCACUUCUGAUCGCCUUCUCUGUGCUGCACAAUGCCCCGAAGAUCUUCACGGUGAAGAAGGUGAACAAUCCGAAUGUGAUCCACUGUUUGAACGGCCUUCGUUGCUUCAGCAUGAUGUGGGUGGUGUUCGGGCAUGGCUACAUGACUUUCUACGACCUGCCGCACAUCAAUCGGAAUAAAUUCUACACGUGGGUGGAGACCCCCUACUCGAUGCUCGUCCAGAACGGAUCCCUUUGCGUGGACACGUUCUUCUUCAUGUCCGGUCUGCUGAUGUGCUGGGGCGCCUUCCGUGAGCUGGAGAGAACGAAGGGCAAGCUGAACAUACCGAUGAUGUACUUCCAUCGGUAUAUUCGGCUCACACCGGUGGUGGCCGUUGUGGUGCUGUACAUUAUGUCGCUGUACAAGUACUCCGGCGAGGGACCCAUGUGGUUCAAGCUGGGCACCCAGGACAAGCGCUGCGAGGACUCCUGGUGGGCGACGCUCGUCUAUAUCCAGAACUAUGCCUACCCCUAUCACAUUUGCGUGUCACAAUCCUGGUAUCUGGCUGUCGAUACGCAGCUGUACUUCCUCUCGCCCCUGUUCCUCAUUCCGCUGUGGAAGUGGGGCAAGAAGGCCCUAAUACCCAUCUCGAUCUUCGGUCUGAUCUGCCUUGCCGGAACCUUUAUCACCUUCAUGCUGGAGGACUUCACCCUGUUCCGCGUGCAGGACGAUCAUGUGGAUCUGCGGCAGAAGAUGACAUACUAUCCCACCCACACGCGCAUACCCACGUGGCUGAUUGGCGUGAUCUUCGGCUAUUUCCUGUUCACCCGCAACCGCGGCCGCCAGAUCCCGCUGGCCAAGGUCUGGGUGGUCAUUGGCUGGACGGUGGCCUUCGGCACCAUGCUGGCGGAUAUGUGGGGUCCCUACUGGCGCAUUCUGCCCGGAACACCCAACUCGCCGCUGAUCGAGGGCGCCUUCUUCGAGCCGCUCAGCCGCUCCUCCUGGGCUCUGUCCAUCGGAUGGAUCGUGUGGGCCUGCUACAACGGACACGGUGGCCUUAUCAACGACUUCCUCUCGUGGAGCUUCUUCACAGGCUUCAGUCGUCUCACCUACUGCAUGUACGUCAUCCAUCGCAUCGUCCAGCUGGUGAAUGCCGCCCGCCUCCAGACCGACACCCAUUUCUCUAACUACGAUGCGAUUCUUCGCUGGUGGCAUGACUUUGGCAUCACCCUGACGGCCUCCAUAUUCGCGACGCUGGCCUUUGAGGCCCCCAUCCUGGGCAUCGAGAAGGCCAUCUUUGGUGGCUCCAAGGCGCCGCCCAAGAAGCCCUCGCCCGGCGAUCUGGCCAAGAGUGCCGCCCCGGAGGUCAAGGAAGCCGCGCCUACCGCCUCUGGCCCUGCUCCUGCCCCUGUCAGUGGAAGCCCUGCUACAGUGGAGACUGAGGCAGAGAUCACGCCCUCGCCCGGAAGCACCACCGAGGAGCUUUCAAAGGUUUAGAUCCCCUGAGCAGGGAACAGUGAAACAGCAAACACGAACCAAUUUUUUUUCUUGUAUUUAGUUAGUUUUAUU